AUGGGACGAUUUUGUAAGCUCUUGAUAGCUGCCUGCCUCGGGCAUUGUAUUCAGGACAGCCUUGCCUCUAAAUCUAAUCUUCAUGAUAGAAGAAAACAGGUUCUAGAAUGGCUGUCGGAACAACAACAAGAAGGUUUCUAUUUCAACGGGAAACUUUCGCUACAGGAUGGCAGGAUCAUUGCGAAUCGAAAUGUGGAGGCCGACGAAGUUCUCAUGGAAAUUCCAAGGUCAGCGGUGUUGAGUGUAGAAUCAGACUAUGAGGAAGGAAAUACCUUAUGUAUGCUCUACAACGCGCUGGUACGAGAAUUGGACCUGAAGGGUUCAUCAAAUUAUGUGGUAUAUUUGCAGCAGCUUAAAGAAGAGCAGGCCUCAGACAUUAACCUGCCGUCACUCUGGUCAAAUACAGGACAGCGGCUCCUAGAACUUGUCAGUAUGACAUAUCCUAUGAAUAAGAUAACUUCUGUGCUUGAGGACUACUCACACUGUAUUGAUGGCUUGCAAAAGGAGGAAAAAAUCAAGACAGAUGAAGUGCGAGACGAAUUUGGAAUUUACAAUGGAGAACAGCACGAUAAUCGUGCUGUGGAAGAGACACCAGAGGAAAAGACACAAAAACUCAAUCUAGCUCUUGCAGUGAAACAUCAUAUUGACCGGAAGUUAAUGGUCCCUCUGUACGAUCAGCUUGAGCAUCACCAUCUCAACUUCAAUGCGAAGCAUCAGAUCUUGAAAGAUAAGACCGUCAGAAUUGUAGCCGUUAGAAAUAUCGCUGCCGGUGAAGCACUUUUUCGACCUAGCAUGGGAUGUCUCGAAGACUGCCGCGACUUUGCGAUUGCCAAUUUCAUUGAAACUUUCAAGAACUAUGGAGAAGUUCAAAACUACCCUCAUUUGUGGACCUUUGGAGCCGGUAUUUCUUUGAUUUAUCAUGGCACCUACGAGGGAGAAAAGCGGAGUCGUCCAGCAGCGGUUGGAAACAUUGAAUGGAUUGAACCGCCAAAAUAUGAGUCUCAGAUAGCGCUGAUGGCAAAGGAACAUAGCGCCCAGAGAAUUGAGUACAUUGAAGAGGUUAUUCCAUCGCGUGAGUCUGUUGAUGAAAGAGAAUGGCUGCAAAUAAACAAGUAUUGCCAUGGGCUGAUGGAUGUAUUGAAUGAUAUCGUUGUUGAGGGAAGUAAACUGGACUUGAUUUCGGAAGAAGAAGAAGAGUAUGACAGCGAAGAUGAAGACAGCGAGGCUGAGGAAGACGAAGAAGGAGAUAGUGACGGUGAUGGUGAAGAGAGGGAUACUGCAGAUUACUUGGGUGCUGGUAUCAGUUCAGAAGCUCGAGAGAUAGCAUCGCGCCUUGGCAAUAGCAAAGAGGACGGGUAUCCGUGGAUGGUCAAAGGAUGCGACCUUUCCGAAGACUGCACUCUUGAUGAUAUUGAAGACUCCAGGGAAUGUGGAGAGGAGUACGAAUUCGAUGCAUACCGUAAUGAAACGGAAUGGGUUCUCAUGCGUAGCGCUUACAUUGCUGUUGUUGGACCUCAGAAAGCCACUCUGAAAUUGACGUAUGGCUCUGGAAUCAAGGUGCCUUUCAGGGUCGGUCACUCACCAGGGCGUGGAAGAGGGGUAUUUGCAACCGCUGAUAUUCCGAAGGGGACGCUUGUAUGGCAAGCCGAUUUUACUGCAACGUUUACGCAAGGGGAACAGUUCCGCAAGUUCUUGUCAGUGUUGCCAGAUGACAUGGUAUGCGACCUUAUUAUGUGGUGCUAUACUGCGGUGAGGACGGGCGGUGAAAAUGUCAUUGAUUGUGAUCUUGACGAAGGGUCACUCUUCAAUUCAUAUGACGAGCUGUCCGAGUACAAUCUUGGCAACCAGAAAGUAUCAUUUGCCAAUAGCGAUCUUGAUUCUGCCUUUGCAAUGAGAGAUAUCCAGGCUGGAGAAGAAUUCAUUACAGCAUAUGAUGAGUUCGACACUGAAAAGUACAACUCAUUUGGACUGUAG